UCACACUCUGGCAUCGACCAAUGAAAACGAAUAGAUUUGUUAAAUAGUGCUGUGAUUGUUGGUAUGGAGAGAUACACUGAGUUACAGAGUUACUGUGAAUCGUUAUAUAAAGAGGACUGAGAGGACUGAGGGAUUGUGUGUGUAUGUGAGAGUGUGUGUGUGUGUGUGUGUGUGUGUGUGUGUGUGUGUGUGUGUGUGUGUACUGGCAAAAAGAUUCUCCGGCAUACUAAAGGUCCAAAUCAUCAUCUUCAUCACCCCCUACCCUCCCUGUUGGCAUGGCAACCAGCAGUUCAUCAUUACCGCUAAUGAAAACCAAACCUUCACAGAAGAGAUUGGUUAGCAAGGAUGGGAGGAGUCUUAUGCGCAGCCCUGCCUCCGGUAUACGGGAAACGUGGAUCAGUGCUUUUAAGGACAUGUGGGGGGCGUGGCUUUCCCUGCGUUGGCGUUGGGUGGUGUUGGCAUUCUGUGGUUCCUUCCUCCUCCAUUGGCUUCUCUUUGCUAUACUGUGGUACGUCUUGGCACGUGCCAAUGGGGAUUUGGUCGUCGACCAUGACAACCCGCCACCUGGGCAUACGCUGUGCGUCAAAUACGUGACAGGAUUCACCGCCGCCUUCUCGUUCGCCCUCGAGACCCAGCUGACCAUUGGAUAUGGGACCAUGUACCCCAAUGCCGAUUGCCCCAUGGCCAUUGCCCUUCUUGCCUUGCAGAUGCUGCUGGGGCUCAUGCUUGAGGCCUUCAUCACUGGCGCAUUCGUGGCUAAAUUCUCUCGUCCCCAGAAGCGCUGCAGUGGAAUUUUGUUCAGCCCUAAAGCCGUGGUGUGUGAAGUUGAAGGUCAACGUUGCCUGAUGUUCCGUGUGUGUAAUCUGCUCUCGAGGCCACUGGUCGACGUGUGUGUGAGCUCUGUGCUCUACGAGGAACAGGACGAUCACACAAUCCACCAAACCGCCUUGGAUUUCAUGCUCGAUGGCUUGGGCUCCCGACCUUGCCCACUCUUCCUGUCCCCUUUGACCUUUCUCCACCCCUUGACCCCAGACAGCCCACUGAAUCGCGUCAUGCCGCCAUCAGGCCAGUCGCAGUUCGAGCUGGUUGUGUUCCUUUCCGCUUCGCAGGAGGGCACAGGAUCUGCGUACCACAAGAGGACAUCCUACUUGGCUGACGAGAUCCAAUAUGGGCGUCGGUUCACCAAGGCGGUCCUGCACGGAGAACGGCGGAACAGCGCUCAGGCCAUGCGCUAUUUCGACACACACAUCUGCUCACUUAUGGGACCCAACACUUACAGCAACUCUCGGGACAAGGAGUGUGUGGUACAGGUCAACGGCGACGGUAACGAUGCAAUGGAAUAGCUGUUCGUCUGUACGUUUCUGUGUUUGUGUGUGUCCUCCAUUUUUCCUCCGUGCACAUGAAAUGGCAUUUCACUUGAGAACAACGUUCACACAAUUCUUACAUUUCAUUCCAUUAAUACUAAUCACUAUGUAGAACUUGGUCAGAUGCUAAUCCAUAGCUAGUAUCUGUCUCAUCGUUAACCACUAGUGGGAAUCUGUCUGGAUCGAAAUUGGAUUUCAAAAUUCUAAACUAAUUGACAGACACCAAAGUGCAAGAAGAACCCACCUGGAAGCUAACUACAAGCAACCAGGCACUAGACACAAGCUAAAUCUACCUAGCUACCCAGCUAAUCAAUAGCCUCUCAUUAUUGUCUUCCUGAAUAACUAUAUUGACUUUAUUUAACAUCAUAAAGAUUCAUAGCGAAACUACAGACGUUUUAUUCAACACCACACUCUGGUUCCUCAAAUCUACCCCCCUCAUCAGGCAGAAACUACACCAUUUUGGGGGGGUUUUCUCAUUAGAAAUACACAGGUCAUGGAAUUCAACAUUCAGAAUGGAGUAAAAACUGUAUUUUUCACCUUCAAGGACUUCAAGGCAACACUGUUCUUCUAAAACCACAUCACAUCUGGACUUGAAAGAACGAAGGAAUAGCAUGAAACGUGGAUGCGCAUUUUCACUGAAAAUAUGUGACAUUUUAAGAUUUAACAAUAAAUAAAUAAAGCGAUGAUUUUAGAGUACACUGCUGAGAGCUAAACAAUACUACUGCUUAUAAAUUAGCAUCAAGGUGCCAGGUGAUUGUGGAACCGUUAAAAUAAACAUGCAGAAUUAUGCUAGCUAGCUAGUCACUUGUGGGAAUGGCUACAUUGUGGGGUUUUUUUUUGUUUUUGCUUUUUGUUUGUUUGUUUGUUUGUAUGUUUAAUUUGAACAAAACCUAGGAAACAUGCUUGGCUCUAUUAGUUUUGAGGAAUUAGUUCAUUUUUGUCAAAAAAAAGUAAAAGAAAUUACCCAAACACUAAGCCCUAAAUACAAAGAGCCAGUAUUAAAAUAUUGUAAAAAAUUCUGCUCGUUUCUGUUUCUUGAACGACAAAGUCACAAGGUACACUUUAUAGACAAAAUAUUGAGACACCUAACUUUUCCAGCCAUGUGUGGUUCUUUGCCAAACUGUUAACACAAUGUUGAAGGCACACGGUUAUAUAGGAUAUAUUUGAUUGCAGUAGCAUGACAUUUUCCCUUCAUAUCUUCAUGAACAUAUGCUGUCAAUGGUUUGGAUUGGAAGAUCUCCUGCUAUAGAGCUCUGACCCUCAACCCUAUUGAGAUGAAUGUGAACGCUGACUGCACCCAGGCCUCCUCACCUCCUCUACAUCAGUACCUGACUUUACUAACACCCUUGUGGCUGAAUGAAAUCUCACAAAUCUCCACAGAAUCAAGUUGAACAUCUUCCCAGAAGAUGGGAUUUUAUUAUAACAGCUAAUGGAGACUAAAUGUGGAAUGGAAUGUUCAUGGGACCUUACGCUAUCUUAUCUUAUGCUUACGCUCGAACUUUUGUCCGCAUAGUGUAGUUCAUUUCCCACAUAAAGGACUAGCAAAUCCACUGGACCCUGCACAUAGAUCUGCAUGAUUAGACAGAUAGUCGCACACUGUAUAUUUUUAUUUUAUUUUUUUUCCUAUUAAAAUAACACUCAGAUAACACUGCAUUAUUAAAGUACUUAUCUUCUCCGAGUCUUUGCUCUGAAGGAAUUUUGUGAGCAGAGGUAACUUUUUUUUUUCUCUAUUAUUCUUUAAGUCAAUCAAUCCAAUAUAUACUGUAAAUCAAAAAUCUGAGAUUUUUCUAUCAGUAUUGGUUAUGUGUGUAAAAUGUUAUGAUCCCCAAGAUUUUUUUUCUUUCUUACCAAACGGAAAAGACAUUUUUAAACACUGACUACUGUUUGUAAAUUAAACUGUGUGGAAGGCUCUGUGUGGCCUUGUGAAAGAAGUUCACCAUCAUUUUGUAACAUAUAACGAAAGAUGAAUUAAAAAUAAUAUUCUUAAAAAAAGCACUUUUCUGCUCUAUGAUUAUGACACUGAACGUAGACUAUGACAAAGAAAUAUAUGAUUUUGGCCCCAUUCGUUGUCCAUAAGAGACUGUAACAUUUCAAGAUAUUUUAUUCAUUUGAACAGAAUAAGGUUUAAACAUUUCAUUUCUAUUUGCCAAAUUUCCUCAACACAUUUACUUAUGCAAAUGUAAGACUAGAUGAUAUCUUAGUAUAAAGUCUAAAUAAAAUCCAGAAUGCAGCCUUGUAUUCAACAUCUCUAGGUUCUUCCACACUGCCCCACUGCUACGCUCCCUCCAGUGGAUUCCUGUAGCUGCCCACAUCAGAUUAAAAACACUGAUGCUGGCCUACAAAGCCAAAAUUGGACCAGCACCCCCUUCAUCUCAGCACUGAUCCUCAACCACUGCUCAACUGAUCCCAUCAUCUAUCAGGGUACAGGGAAGCUUCCAGACUCUUCUCUGUUCUGGAACAGAGGUAGAGGAAAGAACUGCCACUGGUUGUCAGAACAACUGAAUCCAUAACAGUCUUUAAACAACGGGUCUAAAGAAGUACCCUUUCCAGAGGUAUAUAAAUGAGCACUUUUUGGAUAAAUAACUUGCUUUUUAACUCUUAUCUUUCCCAACAGAGUUUUCAACUGAUUGUAUUCUUUGUCUGUGUCCUACUGAAACAGUAUUAGAAUGUAUUUAUUGAUGGUGGCUUCAAAACUUUUGCUUGAUGAAUGAUCAGACAAAUGAUGAGAAACUAAUAUAAUUCAUUUACCAUUUAACUGCAGAGGUGGACAGUAAUGAAGUAAAUGUUAUUAUUUCCCUGUACUUAAUUAGCUUUUCCAUGUAGCUGUACUUUAUUGAAGUAUUUC